UAUGGAGCUCUUCUCACAGAAACAAAUAAAACCGAUUGACAACAGGGGAGACGACUUGUUUAAGAGGCGCCGAGAUGGAAGUGAAAAAUAAAAAGAAGAUACUGGUUUGUCAGCUCUAGACUUUUAUUACUUCAGAAGAGCACAUCAACUUCAAUCACUAUUCAGUGAAGGGUUAGGUCCUUGGCUGGAAGUGAAAGUUGUGGUUUAUUUGUAUCAAAUGAUGAUUUUCUGGCUUGAAAAAAAUGGAGUGGAAAAGGAAGUUUUAUGACAUUGUGAGAGAAACAGAGUCUAAUCUCACUAAGGCUCGGCGCAAACUUUAUGGGCAUGGCAACAUUGAGGAGACAUGUUCACAAGAAGUAUACAAAUUGAAAGACCCUUUAUCAUCCACCAUUACAUCCUCCACUCCAGCACUGGCUUCCUGGUCACCAGUUCAGUGGAGGGAUGAUAGCAACAUAGGCAGUCACCAUUUGGGAUCAUGGCCAACAUCAAUGUCUGCGCAAAGCAGUUGGGAAGUCAGAUCUUUAUUGGAAAAAGUAGAUGCUCAGAAUCAGGUAAUACAUAAGAUGGAACGGUUGCUAAAAUCACUGGAUAAAGAAAGAGAUGAAUACAAACAACAGAUUCGAGAUUUACGAAAUGAAGUAGGGGGGCUCGUGUCACAUCUGAAUGUGUCACGGACAUCAGAUUUACAGGUUGAGACUCAGGUGGACCUUAUGAGGCGGGAAGUCAUGGCAGAAAUAAAACGUCUUAAGGAUAUGCUUCAUGAAGGAAGAUCUGCCACAACUUACUCAAGUUUGUUGGAAAGAGGGAUGGCUAAAGACAUUCGAGACAUCAAGCAAAACAUACAGGAAGAGUUAGACAGAGUACAACAAGAAGUGAACCAAAUCAAUCGGCGUUUAGGAAAAUUAGAGGUGGACAUCACAGCACAUGAUUUAAGUCACAGAGAUAUUCAUGGUCCUGAAGAAUGGACCUUACGUGAGUCAUCUCGUGUGAAGAAUUCAUCAGUUCCAAAAGUACCUCUACACCAAGAUUUUUCCCCAGGAUUUAAUCCUGUGAGUGCAAUACAGAUAGAACAUCUCAGGUCAACUGUGUCAAAUCUGCAUGAAAAACUUGACAAACUAGAAGGAAGACUCCCCAGUGCGGACUCAAUCAGCAAGCAGCUACCAAUGCCUAGCAAUGGCACCACAGAUUUGGGCUUCUCUCCAUCACGCAAGCAUUUAGCCAAAGCUCAUGUGCUGGAUCUAGACGAUAAUAACUGCAGUGACCUCACUGAUUUAGAUCUGUCUGCUGAUCUUGAUGGCAAUUCAAGUUCCAUUGAUGACGAUUUGAGUGAUGAUUCUGACAUCCUUAUGCCUAAAAAAACCUAUGACAUUAAAUCCCAUUUGAACACAAGUCAGAGAAGUUGGAAAAAGCAAACCAAACUCCAGACACCUGCUUCUGUCAGAGUAUCAUCUCCAGUUACUGGAAUUCCCAGUGAAUUAGAUGCAGAUAGUCUUGACAUGGACAGUCCUGUUGACUUGAACUCUUCAGAAGUGGAUGACAGCAUUGACUCGAAAGUUGACCAUCUUUAAAUUCAAGUCACAGUUGAGACUGUUAAUUGCAUAAUUGCUAAAAAUGCAUUUAAUACCAUUGCAGCAUAUGAAGAUGUUAAAGCUUAUAAAGCAGCCUAAGAUUACAAUUUUCAUGAGCAGUUUUCAGUUUUAUCCUAUAAUACAAAUUUUUUUGGUAAUGCACUUACACCCAUUGACAUAUCUAUUGUGAAAGUUGUAACUAGCAAUAUUUAUAACAACUUGUCCAGUCUUUUGUCCAGCUAUGUUUUGUGUUCAUUUUUUUUUUUUUUUUUGUGGUGAAAAUGAGCAUAUGGUUUCAAAUAUAUAUAUAGGCAAUUACAUAUCUACACAAGAGGUUAUCAAAAGAUGUGUUCUGUUGGCAACUUGUCAUUGUCUCAGGGUUUGGUUUUUUCUUUGGACUUGAAGGCAAUAUUUGAAAUAGAAAAAUUUUGAUUUAAUAUUUGUUCAAAUAUUGAGGAAUUAAAGGAAAAUGUUCACAGAAAUCUUUGGAGACUAAGAACAUUUAUGUGUAAUUAUAUCAUGUUUUUGUAACUUGCUACCAUAAAAAAAAAUGAUAGAUACAAAAGACCUCUAAAAAUUUGUCUCCAGGAAGGCUAUAUUUAUGCAGGAUUAUUGAGUUUUGACAUUUUCUUGAGACACUUUAAAAAAUAAAAAGCAUUUACAUGCUGAGCUGCUCAGUGAUCAUGGUGAAUACUUGUAUGCUGAAAUAAAAUUGUCCAUCUAGCUCUCCUUAUGGAACUUGCAAUGACAGAUUAUCAUUUCAUCUUGUGGGCCCCACAGUACCUUAAGUAGCCAUCAUGGUCAAGUCCAGGAAAGUGCCCUUGUUCCAAGAUGGAAAUAAUUUUUUUAUUCUUUACCUUCUCCAUGACAUGUUUGUAUUUGAGUACAGCAUUAUCUAUUACAGUAUUUUAAAAACUGGUUUAAAUGGUUAUCACCUGUUCAACAUUUUUAUUUUAAAUUAUUAUUCUGAAUGGGAUGGCAUGGGUUAGUGUUCUUUUCAUACUGUAGAUACAAUUACAUCCUCUUGCCAAGUCUUCCUCUUACUGCAGAAUGGAUGUUCCUGAAAGUUACCCCUAGGGAAGGAUCACAAACCCUCCUUAUGUCACCACCUUUGGCUCUUGCCCAGCAUUUGGAUGGUGAUGUUGGGAAUGUAGAUCAUUAUCAUACUGACUUGCAGUUCCUUGGAAAUGCCUUACAAAUCUGUCUUCUGAGGUAAUUAUAACCAUAAUCUGUACUAAUCCUUAAUAAGAAGCAAAUAUAGUGUGAUUUAAUGCAAUUCUUAAUCAUAUAUGUAAUAAAAUCAAGACAGUAGAAACAUAUCAAAAUACACCCAGUAUAAAAAGUUG